GGCAUGGAGAUUGUGAGGUCAAAAUGACAUUAUUUGUAGCAAUUGAUUCUAUAAAAAGAGACUCAGAUACACAAGCUGUUUUUGAGAAGAAUGAGUUUUAUUCAGUUAGAAUCUCAUUGGUUGGAAUCAUCCAUGAAGUACCAAAGGAAGUUAGUAAUAAUGAUAAUGCUGUAUUUGAUAUACUUGUAACAAAUUAUACUAUGCAAGAAUUAUUAGUUUUUGUGGUUAAUCAGAUGAAAUUAAUUAAUAAUAAUUUUUUUGCAUAUAUGACAGAUAUUAAUAACAUUAAUAUUACUAAAGCAAAGGCUUCUGACUAUAGUAGUUCUCAUUCAUCAUUGGAUGAAUUAUGUUCUUCAAAAUGUUUAAAAACUGAUUACAAUGAUGAAUACAGAAACUUGUCAUAUAUUGAAGAGAAAGAUUUUAUAGAAGUUAAACAGGUUGAUUAUGAAAUUCAGUUAGAAGCAGAUAAUGUUGUUAGAAGUUCAACUGAAAAAAAAAAUUAA